AUGCAAGAUGUCGACCAAAACCUCACGUUCUGCCGCGACUCUUCUCUCCUCACCCUUCUUCAGAACGUUGGCUUGCUUGCUGGCAAAAGCUUAGCAAAAGACGCGGCGUCAGAUGCUAAGUACUUCUUUCUCACGAGCAGGGUCUCCGAAGCUGAGCCAGUCAUCCGUCAAAAGUUGACAUCGCUGGACCACAAGAUACAGCGUCUGCAGAAAGAGGGGGACAUCGACAUUUACCCUGCCAUGCGAUGUUGGCAAACUCCUCAGUCUCCUCCAGGCAUUGAAGCAAAGCUCGUCCAGUCUCUGGAUGCCUCUAUACCGUCCAGAGAUGCUUUGCCGCCUCUAUUGGAGCUUGAGAAGAUUGGAUACCUGACUGUCGUUUCAGUGUCGGCGCACACUAUGAACUCACUUGAGGGCAGAGUUGACAAGCUGGAGAACGACGACAUCAUCAGGAGCUUGGCAGAUAUGAUUGUUGAGGAACUGUCGAUCGCGACCGUCCGUUAG